AACUCUAAAAGCUAAACUCUAAACUAUAUUUGUCAAACAGGUCCAAGAAUAUGGAGGACAAUGUAGAAUGUAAACCACCGUUGGGAAAACUAUCUUGUACCAUGUGAAAAACUAUCUUCAAAUCCUUACAAGCCAAACAAACGAAAAUGGGGAAACUACUUUUCCUCGAAAAUGAUUUCUAUCAAAUCAAACACUCUUAAAAUGAUUGAAGAUACACAAAUAAUAUAUAGAUGUUAACAGGGUUUUAUUUUGUGACUUGUGUACUAGGCAGGUGAAAACAUUCUCUGCUAUAACCAAUUCCACAACCAAGUAGAAUACUGCAUAAAUUUUUACUGGAUGUUCUGCAAAUCAAUGUUUGAUUAAUCGCGGUACAAAGUGAUUUCCUUGUCACAACAUAGUUGAGAUCUUAGAAAACUAGAACCACACCUUUUCAAAAAAAAAAAAAAAAAAAAACCACAACGCGAAGACUUUUAUCUGCCAACCAGCUCGAAUGUUUCACAGGAAGCGGCAUCUUAGGGUCCAAGAUGAGCAUGACCUUGAAAACCUGGCGAAAAUUAAAGAAUAUGAUAAGGAGAAUGCAAAUAUGAGGUGUUGUCAACCAAAGAUUAUAUCCAGAGUUUUCUCAGAAGACUAUGUAAACAUCAGAAGAAAAAUAGUGGAUCCACAGUCAGCAGCAGCUAGCAGCUGGAACAAUAUAUUCUUAGUAGCAUGUUUAUUGUCAAUAUUGGUUGAUCCCCUCUUCUUGUUCUCCCCUUACACUACCCCUGAGCUAUGUGUUGAGGCUUCUGAUACAAAGUUCGAUUUGAUUCUGACUGUUAUAAGAUCUGUGCUCGAUGUUUUCUAUCUAAUCAGUAUUGUCAUCAAGUUUAGAACAGCUUAUGUGGCGUCUUCUUCGCGUGUUCUAGGAAGAGGGGAACUUGUUAUUGAUCCCUGGAAGAUUGGCUUAAGGUAUCUUCGUAAAGAUUUCUGGAUUGAUGUUAUCGCACUUCUGCCUGUUCCACAGGUUAUUAUAUGGAGAGCAAUACCUAAAGUUGAAUCAUCAGUGACUUCUCUUGGGAAAACAACUCCUCGCUUCUGCAUCUUAUUACAAUUCCUUCUCAGGCUUGUUCAUUUGUAUACGCUCUCAAGGAAGAUAUCUAAGGCUAGCGGGCCGAUGCCAAAAAGAGCGGGGGCAGGAGCUGUUUACAAUAUGAUGCUCUACUAUUUAGUUAGCAAUGUGGUUGGCGGAUGCUACUACCUUCUGUCAUUACAAAGGCAAGAAGCUUGCUGGAGAAGCACGUGCGAUCAAGAAAAUCCGAAUUGCAACUAUCUAUUCUUUGAUUGCCAAAGCACUAGUAAUGAUCCCAAAAGAAUCAUGUGGUUGGGGUUGACAAAUAUCACAAAUAUCUGCGAUGCAAACAAUGAUUUCUAUCACUUUGGUAUAUAUGUACUUGCAUUGCAGGUAGGAGCUACAUCAGCCCCUUUCUUAAGAAAGUGUCUAUACUGCUUCUGGUGGGCGUUACAAAGCAUGAGUUCGAUUGGGAAUAAUUUGGAGACGAGCAGUGAGGUGUUGGAAAAUAUAUUUACUAACAUCGUUGCAGUUCUAGGCUUAAUCCUUUUUGCAUCACUCAUUGGAAAUGUGCAAAACUACAUAAAAUCAGGCACCCAACGAUUGGAUGAGUGGAGAAUCAAGCGAGCUGACACAGAGCGAUGGGUGCAACACAGACAGCUUUCACCAGAGUUGAGGCAAUCAGUUCGUAAUUAUGAUCAGUACAAGUGGGUAACUGCUCGUGGUGUCAUUGAAGAUUCUCUUGUUAGAGACUUCCCUCCCAAUUUGAGAAGGAAAGUCAAUCGCCAUCUGUGGUUCAACCUACUCCGACAAGUCCCAGUAUUUGAGCAGAUGGAGGAUAAUAUGCUAGAUGCAAUAUGUGAGAGGCUAAAGCCUGUGCUAUCCAUCAAAGGAGCUAUCCUAUUGCGCGAGGGUGAACCCGUCACCAAAAUGUACUUCAUAAUCCGUGGUGAUCUUGAAUCUUACACUACGAGUGGAGGUCGAGCAGGGUUUUUCAACUCAUCAUGCCUAGGCCCUGGUAGUUUUUGCGGGGAAGAGUUACUGUCUUGGGUUCUUGACCCGAACUCAACUGCUAUCCUUCCAUCUUCCACCCGAACAAUAAAGGCCAACUCUGAGGUUGAAGCCCUUUCUCUUGCACCAGAAGACUUGGGAUACGUUGCAUCACAGUACAGGAUGCUACAUAGUAAAAAAGUAGUGGACAACUUUCGUUUUCAUUCACAUCAAUGGCGAACAUGGGCAUCUUGCUACAUACAAACUGCAUGGCAAAGGUAUAGAAGGCGAAAGGAGUUAGCCCAAAAAACCUCACAAGGUCAGCAGACUAUGCCCGAAGAAAUGGAAAUAUUUCUACCUCAACCAGGGUCAGGGUUAGCCACCUAUGCUGCUGAAUUGGUUAGACGCAUUAGAAGGGGUUCGAGCAAUCGUUUUGGACCAGAUUCUUGCACCAUAAGCUCAAUUGAUGAUACAUUCUUCAUAUGAAUGACAAUUAAGUUCCACAUAAAGGUGUGCCUGAUCAUUACUUUGUACUAAAAUGUACUUCCUUCGUUUUUAGAUGAACGGUUUUGGAUUAUGACACUAUUCCCAUACACAACUUUGACUAUGUCUUGUGAUUUAUACUUGGAAAAUAUUUUCAUGUGGGAUCUUGUUAGAUUUCAUCUCAAUGUAUAUUUUUAAAACAUCAACUUUUUGUAAUAUAUGCUUAUUGAUAAUUAAAACUAUAAAGAUUCAAAAUAA